UGCGUAUAUUUGAUGUGUCUCCAGAGGAGCUGCUCUCCCUGGCGGCCGCCUGCAGACGCGGGAUGCCGGCGAUCUCAGAUGGCGGUGGCGGCGAGGCUCGCGAGUUCCUGCCCGUGGACCGCUGGUCCCCGCACGCCUUCGCGGGCGCGUUCCUGGCGAAGCACCGCGUUAUCUUCGGGGUGGCGAGCGAGAAGAGGUACGGGGACGCUGGCGAGGCGCUCUCGGUCAUAGUGGAAGGCGCGCCGCGUCUCCAACGCCUCUUCAGUUUCAUCCAGUCCGACGGUGAGCAGGGGGCCCUGAUGCGGCCCCCGCCUUUCGUGGACGGGGCAGACGAGGGCGACGACGCCGUGUCGCCGCAGGAGUUCUGCCGUGGCGACGGCGCGCAGAGACUCAACAUGCGACAGAUGCUCCGCCGCUGCGCCCCCUCGGGCGGGCGACGGCUACUGUCGACCCCGGAGCUGCUGGCCAUCCAACUGCCCGACAGGUGGGUGCGAAACGACGACGAGGCGUUUCUCCUCAGCGCCCUCGACAUCGUGCCCCAUUGGGGCGAGUGCCCGGAGGUGGCGUUGGAAACGGCGGGAGGUGACGUAGCAUACCGCAUGCGCGCCUACGUGGAGUGGAUCCCGCCCGCGGGCGCUGCCGUGGCGCAGCCCGCCGCGACUGGCAUCCAAGGCCAUUAUGUGGCCCAUUUCGAAGAGAGCGGGAGCUGGUGCACUGCGGACGAUCUGGGCGACCGGCCGCACGUGGUCCAGUGGGCGCCCGGUACCGAGCAUAAGAUGCCCCGCUUGAUCCUCCUCGAGAGGGUGGACACCCAGGCGGCCCGGGCCGCGGCGUGCCCCUGGCCGCCAGCGGCGGUCGUCGACGGCGCGGAGGGCGCGGGCGACGACGGCGACGUCGACGCGGGCAGCGAGGAGAGCCGUGGCCUCGAUGGAGAGAACGAGGAGGAGGAGGACGGGGCCGGCGAUGCCAGCUUGUCGGGCGCGCGGAAGCGGCCCGCGGCGUCUUCGAGGUGCGGCGCCCCCGCCAAGAAGCGGCUCCGCCUCCGAGGGAAGCAGAGCGCGGCUGGGAGGCAGCAGAGCCGCGCUGGGAGGCAGCAGAGCCGCGCUGGGAGGCACCAGGAGAGGCAGCAGAGCCGCGCUGGGAGGCACCAGGAGAGUCAGCAGAGCCGCGCUGGGAGGCAGCAGGAGAGGCAGCAGAGCCGCGCUGGGAGGCAGCAGGAGAGGCAGCAGAGCCGCCCUGGGAGGCAGCAGGAGAGGCAGGACCAGAAGCGCGGGCGCAGGCCGGAGGAGGUGCUCCGGCAGGGGCGAAAGCCGAAGAGCAAGGGCGACAACGCCGACGGGUCCAGGCAGGACGCCCAGAACAACGCCGCCGCCCCGGUCCUGCGCAGCAGCAGGGAGGCGAAGAGCUUGCAGGCGGCCUGCGACGCGCGCCGGGAGUGCGGCGACCUCUUCUUGGUCUUGCACUUGCUGGAGCCGCUGGCCGCUGCCGAUGACCUGCUGAAGCAUUACCCUGACUUCUUCGUCUACGCCGGCGACGAUUGCGCCAACCGAUGGGCGACGUUCCUGCGCGCCCCCGACCGGCCAAACAAGUUGGCAGGCAGGCUGCGGGAGGCGCUCGGGGUCACGGAGGAGGACAUUUCCGACGCCAAACGCCGAUUGGAGUGCGGGGAGUGGCACAUGCACCACGUCGCGGAGCUCCUGGACGAGCGCCUGAACUCCGCCCGCGGCGUACACUCCGUGGCGGCCGCGGUCCGCAUGGCGGCGGGUGACGGGCCGGGCGCGCAGGGCGACGGCAAUCCUCUGAGGGCGCACCUGGCGGAGGCGUGGCAGCGCAGACCCUGCAACCGCGGGCCGCCACGGCACUCGGCCAUGCCUGCGCGCCUUCGGGAUCGCUCUGAGUGGUUUCAGUGCCCCGCGCCUGCGCUGCAGUAUGCCUGCCGCAUGUGCGAGGCCGAGUUCCCCAACAGGGAGGCGUUCAUGGCGCGCCGGGGCAGAGUCCACGGGGGGCAGCGGUGGUACCAGUCGCAGUACGUGGCGCGGUGCGAGCUGGAGCCCUACCAGCCGUCGCCGACCGAGGAGCGCCAGGCGAGCGGGCGGGCGGGAGAACUGCGCCUGACCCCCCCCGGAUAUUCUCUUCGCGCUAUCACUGCCAGCGCUGGCAAUUCGGGUUUUGUGUUUUUUCCGGGCAUGUAUGGCAGCGGAGGCCCUGGGGGUCCAGCGGCAGUUUUCCCGCCCCCGCUGCAGGUGGUUCGCAGGUUCCACAUCUCCCAGUGCUGCGCCACCGUCGACCCCGUGGACGAGCCGUUCGUCCCGAAGCUUGAGUCGGAAGUGCAGAAGCAGCUGCUCCACGCGGCGAUCAUCGAAAGGAUCGUCGGCGAGAUCGGGCAGGGGGCCCCCGCGGUGGAUGCGCCCCUGCAGGCGGCCAGAGCGGCGGAGUCGGCAGCCCGCGCUCAGGCGGCGUGUCAGGCGAGGGAGCCCCGCGCUUUCCAGGCCUGCGUCUGCUGCGCCAUGCAGCUGUGGUCCGAGAACCUCCACUCGGAGUUCCUCGUCGGCGACAAGUGCACCAUAAAGAACCAGGCCAAGUUCGCGGAAUGCCUGUCGGCCGAAUGGUACCACCAACGAUGGCCCUUCAUACCGCGCGAGGAGCUGAUGUCGUCGGCCGUGGACUUCCCGCACGAAGACAGCGAGGGCUCGCCGACGUCCGCGAAGAUACUCUUGCACAAGAGGCGCGUGCCGCCAGAGGCGCUCGAAGGGAAGGAGCCAGUGAAAGUGUGCGACGACUGCCGGAAGGACCUGUGGUCCGAUCAUCCCCAGGUGCCGCUCAUGGCACUGGUGAACGACCUCUGGCUGGGCCGCCACCACCCCCUGCUGAGGAAGGCCGCUCUCGCGCACCAGAUGCUGCUCGCGCUGGGCCGCGUCGCGUCCACGAAGAUCUACCUGUCCAGCAAGGGCGCCGACAAGGCCGUCCGGCAGGAGCAGCAGUCAUGGAGGCAGAAGUUCUUGCAGUACGCCAUGCAGGGCACCGCCAUGGUGUUCGGGAACGGGAACUACCGAUCGGACCUCGUGGACCAGUUUCCCCCGCAGCCGGGCGUGCCCGAUUGCAUGCUGGCCUGCGCCAAGUACGUCCCCACGGACGCGGCGCUGGACGACGUCGCGCAGGCACAGGGGCCCGCCUCGGCCACCACUGGCGCGUAG